AUGUCAUGCUGCGGCGAGGAUUCAUAUAGCCUUAGAGCCAGAGGCCUUUGUCUCGAAGUUGCAAGCAGCAAUGGUGCCGACGUGCAGUGGAGUUCGAUUCUCUAUGUGCUUGGUGCCCCAAGUUUACCACUGCAUGCUUAUUUUGCAUCUCAAACUUACCAGGAGAGGAAUGAAAAGCUGUUCUACAAGCUUCUCAUCGACAAUGUCGAAGAGCUUCUCCCAGUAGUCUACACUCCUACAGUUGGUGAGGCCUGCCAGAAGUAUGGUAGCAUCUUCCGUCGUCCACAGGGUCUCUACAUCAGCUUGAAAGAGAAGGGAAGGAUUCUUGAAGUGCUGAAAAAUUGGCCCGAGAAGUCUAUCCAAGUUAUUGUGGUAACAGACGGUGAGCGCAUUUUAGGGCUCGGAGAUCUUGGUUGCCAGGGGAUGGGGAUUCCUGUCGGGAAACUUUCUUUGUAUACGGCUCUUGGUGGAGUUCGUCCCUCAGCUUGCUUGCCCGUAACCAUUGACGUCGGCACAAACAACAAGAAGUUAUUAGAUGAUGAAUUCUACAUUGGUCUGAAGCAGAAUAGAGCAACUGGGCAGGAAUAUUAUGAACUUCUAGAAGAGUUCAUGUCUGCUGUUAAACAGAACUAUGGGGAGAAGGUCUUGGUACAGUUUGAAGAUUUUGCAAACCACAAUGCCUUUGAACUACUUUCCAAAUACCGAUCGAGUCAUCUUGUGUUCAAUGACGAUAUCCAGGGUACAGCCUCCGUGGUUCUUGCCGGGCUCGUUGCAGCCUUGAAACUAGUUGGUGGAACUCUAGCAGAUCAUAGGUUCUUAUUCUUGGGUGCUGGAGAGGCCGGGACUGGUAUAGCUGAACUUAUCGCUCUCGAGAUAUCUAAAAAGACAAAUACUCCAUUGGAAGAGGCCAGGAAAAAGAUUUGGCUGGUGGAUUCUAAGGGUCUGAUUGUCAGUUCACGUAGAGAGUCUCUGCAGCAUUUCAAGAAGCCUUGGGCACACGAGCACGAGCCAGUCAAGGAACUAUUAGCUGCUGUUAAGGCAAUCAAGCCGACUGUCUUGAUAGGGACUUCGAGUGUUGGAAAAGCUUUCACGAAGGAAGUAGUCGAGGCCAUGGCAUCCAUGAACAAGAAACCUCUCAUACUCGCUCUGUCAAACCCGACCUCACAAUCAGAAUGUACGGCUGAAGAAGCGUACACAUGGAGUGAGGGGCGCGCCAUAUUUGCUAGUGGAAGCCCGUUCGACUCUGUAGAGUACAACGGGAAGCUUUUCGUGCCUGGUCAGGCUAACAAUGCUUACAUAUUCCCCGGGUUUGGUUUAGGUUUGAUCAUGUCCGGAACAAUACGUAUACACGACGACCUGCUAUUAGCAGCCUCUGAAGCUUUGGCAGCUCAAGUGACAGAGGAGAACUACGCGAAAGGACUGAUAUACCCCCCGUUUACGAAUAUUAGGAAGAUCUCAGCACAUAUUGCAGCUACCGUAGCUGCAAAGGCAUACGAACUCGGUUUGGCGUCGCGUCUUCCCCGUCCGAAAGAUCUCGUCAAGUUUGCAGAGAGCUGUAUGUACACACCAGUCUACGGAAGCUAUCGCUAAUCGAAUCCCUAAAUUUAGUCUACGGAAGUUUCUGUAGCUCUGUUUCACAAAUAGGCUUGUUUUGUAAUCUUGGUUUUGACUACAUGUAAUAAUAUUGGACGAGUUAAUGGCAAAGUGAGUUUGAGUUUUUUUGUUUA